GAGAGCGGAUUAAAGCAGUAAUUGAAAAUAUUCGUACUCGUAGUAAAAAGCUGAAGAAGAAAGCUCUGGUGCCUGCUACUAAAAAAGUCAGUGAGCCAAAAGAAAAGGAAAAAAUGGAUGCUGCAGGACAGGAAAAGAGAAAACAGAAACCUAGCGGCCGUCAUACUAUGUACAAGCUACAUAUCGGAUGGCGCCAUUACUGUCAAGGUGACUUUAGACAAAUUACAUCAAGACGAGGUGGGGGCAUUCGGAAGAUGGAAUAUAAUAUAACGGAGCCUCAGUCAGUGGAAUCAAUAAUUGAAGUCGGCAAACGUUUAUUUUUUCCGAAUGGAAGAAAUUCUUUUGGAAAUUUAAAUGAUAUGGAAGUGAAUUUAACUAAUUACAGCGGUGAGAAAAUUGAACGCUUCUGCAAUAUAGAUGAACAACCGUGUACAUUUCAAGAAUUUUUGAAGUCAACAGGAAGGUACUCGUCUCAAUUCCAUGUUUAUCUUUCGACGAAAAGCAUUACCUAUGAUAAAAUAAAGCCACUGGAAGAAACAAGUGAAACGAGUUAUCUUGCCAACAGGAAGACAAUACAAGGACUGCAUGUACAGUAUACUAAGAAUGAAACAUCAGAAUAUUCAGGAGACACCUCAAUUAUCACAUGUCAUAGCACAAAACAAUGCAGGGAAUUAUCAGGUAUUCCUGAUGACAUAGACGAUUACGACCCUCUUGAAGAUGGUUAUAAUGUAACGUAUCUGGCUGUAAAUGAUAAGGUUUACAUGGAGCGAACUUCGUCUGGCCUCAGUUUUCCACAAGACGUCGCUGGACAAGACAGUGCAUAUAUAUUUCAUGGACCUAAUGAGAUAUGUGGAAUGAAUGAAGGCAAAGUUGUUUUAGGCGUAGUAACAAACUGUUCUGAAAACGUUAAUUACACAUGGUAUAAGGAUCAAAGCAUAUAUGCAGCAGGGAUUAAUCUCAUGUUGAUACAUACAAAUGACACUGGUGUCUAA